CAGCGGAUGACUUCAUGAACACCUACUGUGGGGAGGAACACAGCUCCCUGCCCGGCUUUAAAUGUUUGUGUUUCCCUACAUAUGCCGAUGACAUCAUUGCCACCUGAGGGCCCGAACUCUGGUCUUGGCAGGAUGGCCUGGGACUCCCUGUGCAGUGGGGACUUGCUACGCCCCAGGAUAAGGAGUACCUCAAGCCGGACCCCUGGCAGCUGGAGCCGUGAUGGAACACUGUCCCUGGAGGAGCUGAGGUGCCUGCUCUGGAAACACACCCCUGCCGUGGGCCAUGUGGAUGAAGUCUGGCCAAAUCUUUACCUGGGAGACCUGCACAUCGCUCGUGACAAAGAGCAGCUGAGCCAAAUGGGCAUCUCCCAUGUUGUGAAUGCCGUUGCUGGGCGAUCUCACAUUGACACUGGACCCAAGUUCUAUGAAGACCUGCCUGUGGAUUACUACGGAGUAGAAGCAGAGGACAGCCCAAACUUUGAUCUCAGCAUUUACUUCUACCCAGUUGCUCAACACAUAAAAGCAGCGCUGAAUUCCCCAAGAGGCAAAGUACUAGUUCACUGCGGAAUGGGAAUCAGUCGAUCUGCAACUCUUGUCCUCGCUUUCUUAAUGAUCUGUGAAGAUAUGUCCCUUGCUGACGCAAUUCAGACUGUGCGCUCACACAGGGGGAUCUGCCCCAACUCUGGCUUCCUCAAGCAGCUUUGGGAGUUGGACCUCCAGUUAAGGAGGCAAGGCAGAGGAGCAGAGCCCUGCUAGUGCCAAGGGGACAUGGCUGCUUGCACCAUACUGAGAGAUGCUGCCCUCACUGAAGACAAUGUAAGGAUGUUGUCAGGACUACUCCACAGCUGCUGCACUAAGA